GCAAACUUCAUUUGGUUGCUCAUUAUUCUGUGGGUCUGGUCCGGAUCUAACCUCAAACUGUGUUGUGGUUUUUGGCAUUUUACGAUAACCCCGACUUGAAAAUGAGCCGCAAAGAAGCCCUAUCGACUUUCAUUCAGCAGAUUCACUCCAGACCUGUGGUGGUAAAGCUGAACAGUGGCGUGGACUAUAGAGGAGUUCUGGCUUGCCUGGACGGUUACAUGAACAUCGCGUUGGAGCAGACCGAAGAGUACGUGAACGGGCAGCUGAAGAACAAGUUUGGAGAUGCGUUUAUCCGAGGCAACAAUGUGCUGUACAUCAGCACCCAAAAACGCCGGUUCUAGGCGCUGAAUGGUCUGAUAUAUCUUAAGUAGGUUAAGUCAGUUGGAGUGUUCGAGCAAUUAAACAAUCCAAUCAGA